AUGACUCUGAUCUUACCCCUCUGGAUUUUGUUGACCCUCGCCCUAGUCGCAAUCGCCGACGAGCAGACCGACUGCAACCCCCUCAACAGCACCUGUCCUGCUGAUCCUGCGUUGGGCACCGAGCAUACCUGGUGGUUCAACUCCACGCUCGAUGAUGCUCUCUGGAACAUGACAACCGGUACCCCUGACUAUACAUCUGAAGGCGCCGAGUUUUCGAUCAAGACGGAGAACGCUUCGACCCUGUUGCAGUCGAACUUCUACAUCUUUUUCGGCGUGGUGGAGGCGCACGUCAAGAUGGCCAAGGGCGCCGGGAUCAUCAGCAGCGUGGUUCUCCAGUCCGACGACCUGGAUGAGAUCGAUUGGGAGUGGGUUGGAUACAAUACGAGCGAGGUGCAGUCCAACUUCUUUGGCAAGGGGAACACAACGACAAGCGAUCGAGGCGGAUUCCAUCCGGCGGCGGAUGCGGAUACCGAGUUCCACAACUACACCACCUACUGGGAUGAGAAACGUCUGGAGUGGUGGAUUGACGGGGAGCUGAUGCGGACAGUCAACUACUCUGAGCCCUUGACGGUCUACGGCAAGAACUAUCCGCAGACUCCAUGCCGGGUCAAGAUCAGCGUCUGGCCCGCCGGGCUCCCGACGCAGUCGAUAGGAAAUAUUGAAUGGGCUGGCGGCCUUGUUGACUGGUCUGACCUCCCUUUCACAAUGACCGUGCAACGGGUUCGAGUCAAGGACUUCCAAAGCGCCAAAGAAUAUACCUAUUCUGGACACUCGGGUUCAUACGAUAGUAUUAAUAUCGUCAGUGGAAACUCGACCGCGAAAAUAGAGAUUAAUAAGGCGCCUUCCAAGUCACUAUCCGAGAAGUGGGACGAGCUUCCUACCGCGGCCCAUAUUGGAGUAUACUGCGGUGCUGCUGUUGCCGGCGCCUUGGCUAUCGCUGGAUUCGUGCUCUUCUGCAUCCGCAAACGCCGGCAGGGCCGCCUGGAACGCGCGCUUGCGGAAGGAUCACAGACCACGUCGGCCACCGAGAUGGACACUCUGAAGAAACAAUGGAGGCAGAGCGAUUGGACUGCCAGCUAUAGACCGCUCAAUCAACGACCUUAA